CUCCGCGACGCGACGCUCUCCGCCCGCCCGCGCAUGUGCCCGGGGCCGCCAGCUCGGACGGCACCAGAGUACAGUUCAUCAGAGGCCGCACGAUCCCCACAGCCGCGAUACGACGCCGGCAUGGCACACACCAUCUAAUCCGCGUUUUUUUUAAUCCUAGUAGUCGUCGCCAUCGCUAGGCUGCGCAGCCGCCUAUAUAUCGCGGCGCGGCGAGGUAACAGCAGCACUGCCUCUGCCUGCCUUGCUCUUGCUGGCACAUCACGUUGGCGAGCAGGCGAAUCAAUCGCCGGUGACCCCGUUCCGCCUCCCCUCCGACGUGGUCCUCCCCGAGGGGGCGAACGAGGAUGUUCUGGCAAGGGGUCGCGGACCGGCUGACGGGGAAGAACAAGGAGGCGUGGAACGAGGGGAAGAUCCGCGGCACGGUGGUGCUGGUCAAGAAGGAGGUGCUGGACGCCGGGGACUUCCACGCCUCGCUGCUCGACGGCGUCCACAGGAUCCUCGGCUGGGACGAGGGCGUCGCCCUGCGGCUCGUCAGCGCCACCGCCGCCGACCCCGGCAAUGGAGGCCGGGGGAAGGCGGGGAAGGCGGCGCACCUGGAGGAGGCGGUGCUGUCGCUCAAGUCCAGGGCGGACGGGGAGACGGUGUUCCGGGUGAACUUCGAGUGGGACGAGUCGCAGGGCAUCCCGGGCGCCGUCCUCGUCAGGAACCUGCAGCACGCCGAGUUCUUCCUCAAGAGGGUCACCCUCGAGGGCGUCCCCGGCAAGGGCACCGUCGUCUUCGUCGCCAACUCGUGGGUCUACCCGCACCACCUCUACGCCCAGGACCGCAUCUUCUUCGCCAACGACACCUAUCUGCCAAGCAAAAUGCCUGCAGCAUUGGUGCCUUAUCGGCAAGAUGAACUCAAGAUUCUCCGAGGUGAUGAUAAUGCUGGACCAUACAAGGAGCAUGACCGUGUCUACCGUUAUGACCACUACAAUGACCUUGGUGAGCCGGACAAAGGUGAAGACCAUGUACGGCCGAUCCUUGGUGGCAGCCAAGAACAUCCAUAUCCCCGUCGCUGCAGAACUGGCAGGGACCGAGCGAAAACAGACCCAAAUUCAGAGAGCAGGCUUUUUCUGCUCAACCUGAACAUCUAUGUCCCGCGUGAUGAACGCUUUGGACAUCUCAAGUUCUCAGACUUCCUUGGGUACUCACUGAAGGCAGUCAUUGAGGCUGUUCUUCCAACAAUAGGGACUUUCAUUGAUGAUACGCCGAAGGAGUUUGAUUCAUUCGAAGACAUCCUAGGACUCUAUGAACUUGGUCCAGAAGCACCCAACCAUCCAGUAGUAGCAGAGAUCAGGAAGAAAAUCCCCAGUCAGUUCCUUAGAAGUAUUCUGCCAAAUGGUAGUCAUGACCACCCCCUAAAGAUGCCACUUCCAAAUAUCAUCAAAUCAGAUGUAUUGAAACAGGCUCCAGAGUUUAAGUUUGGAUGGAGGACUGAUGAGGAGUUUGCAAGAGAAACACUUGCAGGCGUGAACCCAGUAAUCAUCAAACGCCUUACGGAGUUCCCUGCUAAAAGUGCCCUGGAUCCAAGUCAGUAUGGAGACCAUACCAGCAAGAUCACUGAAGCUCACAUUCAGCAUAACCUGGAAGGCUUGACAGUGCAGAAUGCACUGAAGAACAACAAGCUCUUCAUCCUGGACCACCAUGAUCAUUUCAUGCCGUACCUUGACCGCAUCAACAGGUUGGAGAGCAACUUCAUCUAUGCCAGCAGGACCCUUCUGUUCUUGAAGGACGAUGGCACCCUGAAGCCCGUGGCCAUCGAGCUGAGCCUGCCCCACCCUGAUGGUCAGCAGCACGGCGCCGUCAACAAGGUGUACACCCCAGCUCACACCGGCGUUGAGGGCCACAUUUGGCAGCUUGCCAAGGCUUACGCCACCGUCAAUGACUCUGCCUGGCAUCAGUUGAUCAGCCACUGGCUGAAUACGCACGCGGUAAUCGAGCCGUUUGUGAUCGCGACAAACCGGCAGCUCAGCGUGGUGCACCCCGUGCACAAGCUGCUGAGCCCACACUACCGUGACACGUUGAACAUAAACGCCCUGGCACGCCAGACACUCAUCAACGCCCGUGGGAUUUUCGAGCUCACCGUGUUCCCUGGGAAGUACGCGCUGGAGAUGUCCUCCGACGUGUACAAGAGCUGGAAUUUCAAUGAGCAGGCUCUCCCCGCCGAUCUCGUCAAGAGAGGUAUGGCCGUGCCGGACCAGUCGAGCCCGUACGGCGUGCGCCUGCUGAUCAAGGACUACCCGUACGCCGUGGACGGUCUGGUGAUCUGGUGGGCGAUUGAGCGGUGGGUCAUGGAGUACCUGGACAUCUACUACCCUAACGACGGCGAGCUCCAGCGCGACGUGGAGCUGCAGGCGUGGUGGAAGGAGGUGCGCGAGGAGGCGCACGGCGACCUCAGGGACAGGGACUGGUGGCCCAAGAUGGACACCGUGCGGCAGCUGGCCAGGACCUGCACGACCAUCAUCUGGGUGGCGUCGGCGCUGCACGCGGCCGUCAACUUCGGGCAGUACCCGUACGCCGGGUACCUCCCAAACCGGCCGACGGUGAGCCGGCGGCCGAUGCCGGAGCCGGGCAGCAAGGAGUAUGCGCAGCUGGAAGCGGGGCAGGAGGAGGCCGACAAGGUGUACAUCCGCACCAUCACCAGCCAGUUCCAGAGCAUCCUGGGCAUCUCGCUCAUCGAGGUCCUCUCCAAGCACUCCUCCGACGAGGUGUACCUCGGCCAGCGCGACGAGCCGGAGCGCUGGACGUCGGACGCCAAGGCGCUGGACGCGUUCAAGAGGUUCGGCUCCCGGCUGGUGGAGAUCGAGAAGCGGAUCAAGUCGAUGAACGACAACCCGGCGUUCAAGAACCGGAAGGGGCCUGUGGACAUGCCCUACAUGCUGCUGUACCCCAACACGUCAGACGUCGACGGCACGAAGGGCGAGGGUCUCACGGCCAUGGGCAUCCCCAACAGUAUCUCCAUCUGAGACUGAGCAGAUGCGUCUCAACUCUCGUGGGAUGGUAGGUUGAUGCUGUGCCGCCGCUACACGUUUGGCCGUUUGGGCAUUGUGCGUAGUGUGUUUCUUCGUUGGUUUUGUGAUGGUGUAGUGGUCUAGUGAAGAUUGUAACAAUGAUUUGUUGGGUUGGGCAGAGGAGCUGCAGUGAGGAAUCAGGGCUUGUUUGUUUCCAAGAGACUUUUUUUUAGUCUCUAUCACAUCGAAAAGAAUUUUACUAUUUUGAAGUAUCAAAUAAAAUAUAUUUAUAAAUA